GACUCAAAGUUUGAGGGUGUGAACUCUCAUAGGCGUCUCCUUUUGAUGGUACACCUGCUGGAUGCUUCCUCCCCUUCGCUCCAGGCUCUGGGCAGUCGCACCAUCUUUGACUGCAGCACGAGCUACAUUGCAGCUCAUCAAGAUUUUCAAGACUUUCGCUGUCGCUUUGGAGCAGGCACCGCACCAUCUGGGGCAGAGCUUGCAGUUCCUGAGAAUCUCGUCAAAGAUGUGAUGCAAAAGGCCAGCCACCUCCAGUUGGCAGAGGUUGGGAAGACGGUCUUCAUCAAGGCCACCAUGGGAGGUGGAUUGCGGCGAGCGAAGGACGCUGCAUUGCCCUUGGAGGCACUGAAGCCGAUGGAGGAUCAGAAGCGCCUGGUUCUGAAUCAUCAGCUGCUGCUCGUGGCCAUGGCUUGUUGCUGGCUUCAUCUUCAUCCUCGAAAUCAUCCAUAUGAUUCUCAGGCCCGUUGCUUCUCCUGGCGCAAGGCCAGGAAUGGUGAGAGUGAGAUGAAAUUCUCAGGGCAAUGCCAAGCAACCGGACUU